AUGUCGGUGCUUGGCGUUUCGUCCAAGUUAAGACAGCCAGCUGUAGGAUCAAAGCCAAUUCAUACUGCUCUACCUAUACCACAUGUGGGCAAGACCAUGUCACACCAGUAUCCGUCAAGGUCCCUGGAGCUGACAAACCCAGCGAAGUCAUUCACAUCUUGUCAAUUCGUGCUAAAACGAUCCUGUGAUUUUGAAGAGAAGAAACUUAUUCAUGGCAAUGUCAGGGAGACAGAAGAUAGAAAGAUUUACACAGACUGGGCAAAUCACUACCUAGCAAAGUCUGGUCACAAGAGGCUGAUUAAGGAUUUACAACAAGAUAUUGCUGAUGGUGUCCUGCUGGCAGAGAUCAUUCAGAUCAUUGCAAAUGAAAAGGUUGAAGAUAUAAAUGGCUGUCCAAAGAGCCAGUCCCAGAUGACUGAGAAUGUUGAUAUCUGUCUGAACUUUCUGGCAGUACGAGGAGUUAAUGUGCAAGGCCUCUCAGCCGAAGAAAUAAAGAAUGGAAAUCUGAAAGCCAUUUUAGGACUGUUUUUCAGUCUAUCCCGUUUUAAACAGCAGCAGCAUCAACAGCAACAGUAUUAUCAGUCAUUGGUGGAGCUCCAGCAACACGUGUCUCACUCCCCCCCUCCUGCCGAAGGCAGUCAGCUCAAAACGCAACAAGAUAUGCAGUCAAGUCUGGCAGCCAGAUAUGCAACUCAGACUAAUCACAGUGGGAUUGCAACAGUUCAAAAAAAGACUACUAGACUUCCAGGACCUUCCAGGGUGCCAGCUGCAGGCAGCAGUACCAAGGUUCAGGGAACAGCUAAUUUAAAUCGAAGAAGUCAGAGCUUUAACAGCAUUGACAAAAAUAAACCACCUCAUUAUGCAAAUGGAAAUGAAAAAGAAUCACCAAAAGGCCCUCAACCGUCUGCAGGCAUGAAUGGAAAUGUGCAAUAUCUCACUAGCUCUGGUCAGCAAGUGGCCUCUGCCAUACCCUCUCCAAGUACCAGUAAGCCUUGGCGCAGUAAAUCCAUGAAUGUUAAACACAGUGCCACAUCUACCAUGCUGUCUGUUAAGCAGCCUAGUCCAGCAACCUCCCCCACACCAUCCCCAGACAGAGUAAAACCAUCAUUGUCUGAAGGAAUUAAAAGCACCUCCUCUGGGCAAAAAUCCAUGCUUGAAAAAUUUAAAUUGGUGAACACAAGGGUUAAUUUGAGGUCUGCAUCUUCACCAUCAAAUGAAGUCAUUAUUGAGGAUGACUCCUUUUCAGAAUGUGGAGAAAAUGACGUUUGUUCUACGUUAAACAGUCCUAAAAUAUCACCAAAAUUGACUCCUCCAAAGGCUGGAAGCAAAAAUCUCAGCAAUAAAAAAGGGUUGCCACAGCCAAAGGAAAAAGAAGAGAAGAACAAGGAGAAAAAUAAAUCAAACACUGAGAAACCAGCUAAAGAAGAAAAGGAACAGACAUCGGAAGGAUCAAAAAAGAGCUCCAAAAUGGCAAGCUUGAUUCCAAAGGGAAAUAAAUCAGCUGCAGUUAAAAAGGAGAGUUUAAUUCCCUUAUCAAGUGGAAUCCCUAAGCCCGGAUCAAAAACGCCAGCAACAAAACAGUCUACAUCCCCAGUUUCUGCAACUGUAAAAGAGUCAGAAAAAAGCAGGACUACCAAAGGCAGUCAAACUGUAUGCACACCAAAACCCACCACCAGUGAAAAGCUGUCUACACCCACUGAAGGAAAAGUCUCUUCUGCUUCCACUACACAGACUACAACAACAUAUCCCCCUGGUGCCAGUGUCCAGUUUACAGGAAAUGGGAUUGUGCAGCUUCCUCAGCAGCAGUUCCCACACCCAAAUACUGCAACGGUGGCACCAUUCAUUUACAGAACACUCUCAGAAAGCGAGACCCAUUCUGUACCACAUGCUGAUUGCUGCACUAGUCCAACAAAAUGUGAUUUAUACAGUAAGACAGCCAAACAGUGCCUGGAGGAGAUUUCUGGUGAAGAUCCAGAAACCCGGAGAAUGAGAACAGUAAAGAAUAUAGCAGAUCUUAGGCAAAAUCUGGAAGAAACCAUGUCAAGUUUACGGGGGACUCAGAUAAGUCACAGUACACUUGAGACAACAUUUGAUAGUACGGUAACAACUGAAGUGAGUGGAAGAAGUUUGCCAAGUUUGCCAAGUCGAUCAUCUGCAGUUACAUGGAGACUUGGACAGUCUAGCCCAAGGCUUCAGGCAGGUGAUGCCCCCUCUUUUGUUGGUGCUUUCCCUCGAAGUAACGCUGGACGCCUUAUCCAUACUGACCCAUCACGGUUCAUGUAUACCACCCCUCUUCGACGUGCUGCUGUUUCUCGCCUUGCAAACCUAUCACAAGUAGAGAUUUGUGAGAAGGGAAAUCAUGAUCUGGACAUGUCCUCGGAAGUGGAUGUGGGAGGCUAUAUGAGUGAUGGUGACAUACUUGGAAAAAGCUUGAGAACCGAUGACAUAAAUAGUGGGUAUUUAACAGAUGGCGGACUUAACCUGUAUACCAGAAGUCUUAACCGGAUACCAGAUCUUGCAUUGUCUCGUGAUAUCAUUCACAGAGGAGUGCACGAUGUUGCUGUAGACGUUGACAGUUGGGAUGACAGCAGUUCCGCAAGCAGUGGCCUUAGUGACACACUUGACAACCUCAGCACAGAUGACCUAAAUACUUCCUCUCUUGGUUCCUAUUCCAACACUGGCUCUCCUAGGAAAAACAAUCAACAAAAAACAGAUACUGAGAAGCAUUCCUUGACGGGACUGGAAUCCUGGUCUAAUGAAGAGUUAAAAAAACAAGAUGAUGAGUAUGACUUUAGCACAGAAUCAGGCAAAUGGAAAGUACAUUCAUCUGGGUUAUCUGAGGAUUCUGAUAAAGGGGGGCAGAAAUCUCUUUCUAUUUCCCAGACUGGGUCAUGGAGACGUGGAAUGACUGCUCAAAUUGGCACGUCAUCAAGACACAAAUCAGGAAGCAGCUCCUUAAAAACACCAGGUAAAACAGAUGAUGUUAAAGCAUCAGAGAAAGUCAAAACAUCGCUUAAAGGUGGACCACUCCAGCGUUCGCCCUCAGAUGCAGGAAAAAGCAGUGGUGAUGAAGGAAAAAAGCCACCUUCAGGAAUUGCAAGACCAACAGCCACUAGCUCAUUUGGCUUUAAGAAAGCUGGGGUAGGCUCACCAAACAUAACUGGAGGAGGUGCAAUUCUAACUAGUGGAUCCGCAACACUUGGGAAAAUGCCUAAAUCAGCAGCGAUUGCAGGAAAAGGGGCUGGCAGGAAAACUAGCCUUGAUGGCUCCCAAAAUGAAGAUGAUGGGGUAUUGCUGGCUAACUCAAAAGCUACACUCCAGUAUCGUAGUUUACCACGUCCUUCUAAGUCCAGUACAAGUGGUAUUCCAGGUAGGGGUGGACAUAGAUCCAGCACUAGUAGUAUCGAUUCCAAUGUAAGCAGCAAGUCAGCAGGUACAAAACUUAGAGAGCCCUCAAAAAUGGCCUCAGAGCGUUCAAGUCCUGUCACCAUCAACCAAACUGACAAAGAAAAGGAAAAAGUGUCAGAUUCUGAAAGUGUCUCAUUGUCAGGUUCUGCUAAAUCAAGUCCAACAUCAGCCUGCAGUGCUCAAGGCUUGAGGCAACCAGGAUCAAAAUAUCCUGACAUCGCUUCACCAACAUUCCGGAGGUUGUUUGGCACAAAAGCAGGUAGUAAAUCUUCCUCUGCUGCAAAUAGUGAUGGUGUUAAGUCUUCUUCAGUGAUAUCUAGCCCCAGCAACACCUCUCUGGCUAGACAGGGCAGCUUGGAUUCCCCCUCAUCUGGUACAGGUAGCAUGGGCAGUGCUGGUGGACAGAGUGGAGGCAGCAGCCCCUUGUUCAGCAAACCCAGUGAAUUAACUCCUGAUGUCAUAAGCCUAGGACAUUCUUUGGCCUCCAGUCCAGCAUCAGUUCACUCGUUUACAUCAGGUGGCCCAGUGUGGACGACAAAUUUGAGCAGCUCCUCUGCUGGAAGUAAGGACACCCCAAGCUACCAGUCAAUGACAAGCCUUCACACCAGCUCAGAGUCUAUUGACUUACCUCUCAGUCAUCAUAGUUCACUAUCUGGAUUGACAGCAAGUACCCAGGAACUUCAAAGCAUGCUGAUGAGGACUGGAAGUGUUAGAUCGACCCUGUCCGAGAGUAUGCAACUUGAUCGAAACACUCUGCCCAAAAAGGGACUAAGAUAUACACCAUCGUCUCGACAGAGCAGUCAAGAAGAGGGUAAAGAGUGGCUGCGUUCUCAUUCAACAGGAGGACUGCAAGAUACUGGCAACCAGUCUCCUCUUGUCUCCCCAUCAGGAAUGUCCUUAUCUACCAGUGGGAAAUACCAUUACUCAAAUUUGGUGAGCCCUACCAGUUUAUCCCAGUUUACAAUUCCUGGACCAAACAUGAUGCGAUCCAAUAGCAUUCCAGCUCAAGAUGCUUCCUUCGAAUUAUAUGAAGAUUCACAGCUAGGAGGAAGUGCUACCUCGUUGGAGGAGAGACCAAGAGCAAUCAGUCACUCAGGGUCCUUCCGAGACAGCAUGGAAGAAGUUCAUGGAUCUUCUUUAUCAUUGGUUUCCAGCACAUCUUCUCUUUACUCCACUGCUGAAGAAAAGGCACAUUCAGAGCAGAUACAAAAGCUGCGAAGGGAGCUGGUAACUUCACAAGGAAAAGUUGCAACGCUGACAUCUCAGUUGUCUGCAAAUUCUCAUUUAGUGGCGGCUUUUGAAAAGAGCUUAGGAAAUAUGACUGGGCGACUGCAAAGCUUGACAAUGACAGCUGAACAAAAGGAGUCAGAGCUCAUUGAGCUUCGAGAGACCAUAGAGAUGCUGAAGACUCAGAAUGCUGCAGCACAGGCUGCAAUUCAAGGAGCAUUGAAUGGUUCUGAUCACAAUUAUAAAGACAUGAAAAUCAAAAGACAACAUUCCUCUGAAAGUGUCUCCAGUGUCAACAGUGCUGCAAGUCAUUCUAGCAUUGGAAGUGUCAAUGAUGCUGAUUCCAAAAAAAAGAAGAAGAAAAAUUGGGUGAACUUCAGUAAAAGUGAGCUGAGAAGUUCAUUUAAACAAGCCUUUGGCAAGAAAAAAUCCAACAAACAUCCAUCUUCCCACUCAGAUAUUGAGGAACUUACAGAUUCAUCUGUCCCUUCCUCCCCAAAACUUCAGCAUACAUCAGAGGAUUCAAGUUCCUUUGCCAUGAAACAGUCACAGUCCAACUCCGAGUCCUCUUUAGACUGGGUACCAAAGAAACGGCAAAAUGGCCGGGUGACCUACAAGCAUAGAUCUCGGCUCUGUGAAUGCACUGAAGCAGAAGCUGAAAUAAUCCUGCAGCUAAAGGGUGAACUUCGAGAAAAAGAGUUGAAGCUGACAGACAUCCGCCUGGAGGCUCUUAGCUCUGCACAUCACCUUGACCAAAUCAGAGAAGCAAUGAACCGCAUGCAGAAUGAAAUUGAAAUACUGAAAGCUGAGAAUGACAGGCUAAAAGGUGAAACCAGCACGCCAGGAAAAAUAAACCGACCUUCCUCUGAAUCAUCAAGUUGCACCUCAUCCUCUUCACGUCAAUCACUAGGCCUUUCUUUAAAUAAUCUAAAUAUUACAGAAACCAUAGCAACAGAUAUUUUGUUGGAUGACAUUAGAGAUGGAACAUACCCUAAGGAUGGGUGCAGUGUUAAAAUCAUGGUCUGUGUUAAUAAGGGAUAUGGAAAGACCAAGGACAGAAAAAGUCACCAGUAUUUAAUAGGGUCCAUUGGAGUCAGUGGAAAGACCAAAUGGGAUGUUUUAGAUGCAGUUAUUAGACGGUUAUUUAAGGAAUACAUAUACCGUGUUGAUCCAGCCUCUUAUCUUGGCUUAACAUCAGAUGCCAUCAUAAACUACAGUAUUGGUGACUUGGUUAGAGCAAACAAUACAGAAGUGCCUGAAAUGUUACCUUGUGGAUACCUAGUAGGAGAAAAUAAUAUCAUCACUGUGAAUAUUAAAGGUGUAGAAGAAAGUAGUUUGGACAGUUUUGUGUUUGAUACUCUCAUUCCCAAACCAAUUACUCAGCGCUACUUUAAUUUAUUGAUGGAACAUCACAGGAUUAUAUUAUCUGGACCCAGCGGAACAGGAAAGACAUAUCUAGCUAACAAACUUGCUGAAUAUGUUGUAAAUAAAAGUGGCAGAAGGAAAAUUGAGGAAGCAAUUGCAACCUUUAAUGUGGAUCACAAAUCAAGUAAAGAACUACGACAGUACCUAGCUAAUCUCGUAGACCAGUGCAGUGGUGAUAAUGAUACUGACCUCCCGCUGGUAGUAAUUCUUGAUAAUCUUCAUCAUAUAGGAUCCCUUAGUGACAUCUUCAAUGGAUUUCUAAACUGUAAAUACAGUAAAUGCCCCUAUAUAAUUGGAACAAUGAACCAGAGUAUUUCCUCAUCACCAAAUUUAGAACUGCAUCAUAAUUUCAGGUGGGUACUAUGUGCAAACCAUACAGAUCCAGUGAAGGGUUUCCUCGGAAGAUACUUAAGACGAAAACUAAUUGAAAUGGAAAUAGAGAAAAAUAUGAGGAACAAUGACCUUAUAAAGAUAAUUGAAUGGAUUCCUAAAGCAUGGUACCAUGUCAACGGUUUUCUGGAGACGCAUAGUUCCUCGGAUGUCACUAUUGGUCCACGUCUUUUUCUUUCAUGUCCAAUGGAUAUGGAUGGGUCUAAAAUAUGGUUUACAGACCUUUGGAACUAUUCAGUAAUUCCCUAUCUGCUGGAAGCUGUGAGAGAAGGACUUCAGAUGUAUGGUAAACAAGCACCUUGGGAAGACCCAACGAAAUGGAUAAAGGAUACAUUCCCUUGGAAUACUGCUUCAUCUAAACGUGAAUGUCCAGCCUUACUGCAGUUGCGACCAGAAGAUGUAGGGUAUGAUGGAUAUGCCACUGCCAAAGAAGUAUCAACGUCCAAAAAUGUACCAGAAAGUGACAAAGAUGGUGACCCUUUGAUAAAUAUGUUAAUGCGGCUUCAAGAAACAGCCAAUUUUUCAAGUGGACAAAGCUGUGACAGCGAUGGCACCAGUCACCAUGAUGAAGUUUUGGAACCUUCGCUCGAAUCAACCCUCUAAGGAUUCAUCCAUGGAUGUUAUAUUGUUAUUAUAGUUGAAAGGUUUUGUCCAAUAGAUCACUGCCAUUACUAAAGCAGCACAAUGCAACACCCGUACCAGGAAAAUGUGCUGGUAGGCAGGUGACUUGGUUCAGAAAAGAAGUCGGGUGAAAAAUUGAAGUGGGAAGCUUGAAUUAGUUUAAUCUCAAUGCAUUUCAAUAUGAAUGGAGUGGAGUGUAUCUCCAUUAGUCAACUGGAAAGAGCCCUGGAUAGAGGGCAAACAAGCAGAUUGCACAUUUGCUAGCCAAACUGGAAUCAUUUUAUGUUCUAAAAGGUUUACAGCACAGAUGUGUAUGUAUAAUGUGUGUUCUUGUUUUUUUUUUUUUUUACAUUCUGUACUAAUUGUGCUGUGUUUUUAAUCCACUCCAAAUCUCUGAUGUAAGACAUUGUGCCGGUCACAUGAUUACAUUAGUGAGAUUGUUGUGUAAAGUGCUGCCUCCGAUCUGUAUAAUGAUCUUACAUUCAAACUAAAAGCACAAAAAUGUAUUUGUGCAGCAACUAGAAAAUCUACUGUGAUAAACUGGAUAAGUGCCAAUUGUAAAUCUGAACUGCCAUGCUCAGACUUCUGAACUCAGCAGUGUUGAAUCACUUGUUAAUAAUUGUCCUUAUUGCCAAUCAGUUGUUUUUGUAAUCACCUACUGCCCACUUAAACAAUUUUAUAACAAUGAUUAAGGCUUCCCUUAGACCUGUGUUUUAUGUGAGUAUUGCUGGUGAAGGAAGGAGAAUAGAAGAAUAGAAAAGUCAUAUGGUGCCAUCUCACUGCCUUAAAAAUAUCUCUUGAUAGUCCUUUAGUCAGAGUACAAACAAGACUUAUGUCUUCUUACCAAAACUACUAUGUUAUUUCUCACUGAGCACAG